AUAAUAGAAUUUAAAUAAGAGAUUUUAAUUGGGCUAAAGAUAUAUGGCUUUAUUUUCGUGUGGCCCAUUAGUAAAUAACGAAUUCCAACCGCGGGCCCACCCCUCAUCUCUUCCCAAUCACCGCCCUAAACUCCACCACCACCACCACCACCAUAAACUACUUCGCCGCCGUUUCACACAACGAUUUUGUUUGCUGCUCGAGAUGAACGGAGAAGAAGGCAGAAAGCUUUUACUCCACUACCAUACGGCGGCGGCGCGACGGCGACAGAGGUGGUGGCGUGAUUCAAUAAAAUGGAGGAAAAUUGGGGCUUCAGGCUUGGAUAUUGGAAUCUGUACAGCUAGGAACAACAGUUUUAUUGAAAGAGGGAUCUGUUGGAUUGUUAAGAGUAAUCUUGUCGUGGAGGAAUGCUGGUAGUUGUCGAAUUGAGGUGGAUGGACUCGAGCUUGUUCUUGCUCCUCGAAGGGUAAUGAUUAUUUCUCCAGACGAACUUGAUGUUGAUUUUGAUGUCGAUGAUGGAUUCAACAACACUAUUGGCAGAAUGGUGAAGUGGAUAGGGAUUAGCUAUGAUGUGAAAGUUAAGAAACUAAAAGUGGCAUUUGAUCCACUUCUGGAAGAAGAACAAGGCAAAAAAGCAUUGGGCAGAAUUUUGGUUUUCCAGAGUAGUGAAGUUGAAUGCGAAACACGUAUUUCCAAUAACGCUUCUUCUUGCAUUUCCACAGUUGUAAAAUACGAGGAAGUAGUGCUUGAAGUACUUAAUGUGGAUGUUCUUGAUCAUCAAUUACGACCUGAAAGAACUACUGGUAACAUGACUAGGAUAAUUUCGGGAAAAAACGGAGGGGGUAUUUUGGGGAAUUUUAGGCUAAGUUUACCUUGGAAAAAUGGUUCGCUGGACAUUGGCAAAGUGGAGGUGGAUUUUUACGUUGAGCCUCAUGAACUAAGGCUUCAACCUAGCACCAUCAGAUGCUUCAUCUUCAUGGGGGCCCUAUUUAAUGAUAUGCCCAGGGGCACGAGUACUGGUUUAUUGGAAAAGUUUAACGCGCUGCAAGUCCUGUUGGAUGUUGAAAUGGGUGAAAAACUUCGUGCUAGAAAGAUGAGCAAUGUUGUUGUUUCCCUAUUGUUUGUUUUGUUCAUAAUCAUUCUAGUAUGUGAAUUUGUAUGGAAUUUGACAUCAACAGAAAAAAUAAAUAAAAAAUGUUACUAGUGUAAUUUGAAAUUUACUGUUUUCUAAGUUAUUCCGUGGCGUGAGUAUUUGUAUUACGCACCUUCGUUCGCAAGUGUCGUGAUCGUUGUAAUAGUAUUUUGCAUUGUAUCUGGAUUGAAUAUGUAACAUAUAUUGUUGAAAUGUUAGAAAGGUUGAAAGGUUGAACCUUUGUUGUCAUAAUUAAUAUGAAGCACUUGAAGGUUUGGUU